AUGUCGCUUCCCUCUCGCGAAACGGAAAUGAGAGCGUCUGCCGACGCGGCCUCAAACUUCGCCGACGCCUACUACGAAGCCCUCAACCGCCGCAAGCUUGCCGGAACCCUUACGAACUUCUACACGACAACCUGCUCCAAAUACCCCUCGCAGCCCGACAUCUCCGUCAACGGCGCCGUCCUGCAGGGCGGGCCCGACGAGUACGUCGCCCUCCUCGACACCCAAGGCGAGGACGUACGCUACGAGAUCGAGUCGCUCGACGCCCACGUCAUCAACAACGACUUCUCCCUGGGCUGCCCCGAGCACCUGCUGCGCGGGGACGAGAAGGGUGCCAAGUGCAGCAUCGCCGCCCAGGUCACCGGCCGCGUCUUCUACGGCAAGGGCCGCGAUGCGCCGGCCAAGACAUUCAACGAGGUUUUCGUGCUGGUGCCAAACUGGGACACGUUUGGCAAGAACCCGCCGAGAGGCGCAAGGCGCUGGUUGAUCAUGAGCCAGAACUUCCGCGCGUUGUAA